CUGGUUUGGCGGUGCCUCCACUGUUUGGCUGGCGACCACAGUCUGGGACUCCCCGUCGUACGAGACCAAAAUAAUGUGGUGAAACCAGCUGCACCGUUGAUUGAUCAUUUUCCUGUCGUGGAAUCCCAUCUUUCUCUCUUCAUCCUGUCGAGUCUCUCUCACUUUUGGAGCCGGCCCUCUUCCAGCUGCCUCUUGUUUCAGCGUCAUGCGACCGCAUGUUGCGUGAUAACUUUUACCCCGCUAACUGGUCCUUCGGUCCUUCGUUUCUUGUCCAAAUCUUUCCACAAAAGACUUCAAUUACCGUCACACCUGCCUAGGCAACUGCCAUACUAGCUACCUAGGACAGGGACCGCCGGGCCUCCUUGCGACAACUUCGACGCGGGGCAGCUAAGAGCGAGUCUUAUCAGCACACUUGUAGUGUACCGCGGGAGUUGCUCUUUACUGCUUCAGUUGUAUGCGAUAGCCGCAUCUCGAUCGCUCGUUUCGUCUCAGGGUAGGAGGUUCCUCGCCGGUCCUCCUGAUCCUUUCUCGCCCACCCAGGGACACUUUCGCGAUUCUUCGCCAGUUUUCGACCGCUACCGCCCAUCAUGAGUAGACUGCUCAAGUUCCGCCGAAUCAUCUUCGCCCGACAAUUCCUCAUCCCCGUCGCUGUCGUCUACCUCUUCCUCUUCCUAACUCUGGGGCCAUGGUCACCACGCUGGGCCUCCUCGUUCUCCCCCUUCACCGAACCCCCUAAGAAAGGCCCUGUGCGCCAACCCACCAACUUCAAGCCACUACCCCGGCUACAGGAGCGUGUCCCGUGCUAUGGGCCUCGUGGCAAAUUCCUGUCGCGGAGUCCCGAUGACGAGUUGAAGGAGGAGAAGCUUGAUGUCGCCUACCCCCAGCCCUUCUGGGGCUCAUAUGCGACCAUCGGCCUCGACCAGACAUGGAUGACGAUCGACGGACGAUACGGACCCUACGGAUACGGCGAGGAGGACAAGUCGUACAACAGGUCCAAGGUCGAUUGGAACAAGAUUAACUGGGGCAAGCUCCAGAACGAAUGCUUCGAGAGAAACCGCCAUCGCUUUCCCACCUCGGCUAUUCCCUUCGAUAACACUCUUCAGAUGGUUCGGCUCGGAUACAGAAACGUAACACGCAUUCCCGAGACUCGCCAGUGGCACGAGUUCAAGAACACUCGACGAACAGCAAUUGUCGUGCGCGCGUGGAGAGGAUACGAUUGGAAGGCCGAGGACAUGCAGAACCUUCGCUCCCUGAUCGUUGAGGCAUCCUUGAGGACGGGAGGAGAGUAUCAGGUCGUUUUGCUCGUGGAUAUGAAGGACUAUCAACCGUACAUCUUUGCGUCGGACGAAAAUUACGAAAAGGCCCUGAGCGAGCUUGGGCUUCCCGCCGAGUUCCGCGAAAUCGCAGUGUUGUGGGACGAUCGCCUGCUCGAGAGCUGGUAUCCGGAUAUCGCGGAGCACAGGACCAUGUGGCAGGUGUACCAACCCGUCCAGCUCUUCUUACUUCACUACCCCGAAUUUGACCACAUCUGGCAAGUCGAGCUCGACAUGCGCUUCACCGGCGACGCUGGCAAGUUCCUCGACAAAAUGUCCGACUUCGCGCGCAAGGAGCCGCGCAAGCAGGCCUUUGAACGCGCCAUGUUUCAGCAGAUGGAGAACAAGAUCGGAGACUACAAGGCCUUUUUCGACGCGGUCAAUAGGGCCAACAAGGGUGGAGCGUACAUCUGGGGCCCUCUGAGAAUUCCCGACAUCGAUCCUAUCGGCCCCGAGCCGCCAACCGAGCUCGCAAAUAACGAGGACUUCAAAUGGGGUGUCGGCGAGGACGCGGACGUGAUCGUUACGUCGGCAUGCAACAAUGCGCAAAAGGCCGACGCCUGGGUUUUCAAGGGAUGGCUAGGAGGAUUCAAGGACGGAACCAGCACCCCUCGCUUUUUCUGCCCACCCGCCAUUACCAGGACAAGUCGGACCCUUUUGCUCGCCGUCCAUGAGGCCCAACUUGUGAAGGGACUGAGGGCGCCUAGCGAAGCCACGCCGUCCAGCUUUGCGCUCUGGCAUGGUCUCAAGUUGAGCUUCCCCCAACACCCCGUAUUCUGGAAGAAGGAGCACGACGACGAGACGCAAAAUGCCUGGUGGAAGGGGGGGCCGGCCAACAGCACCGAUGGCGUCGGUCCCGAUGUCUGGGAUCACCCCAGUGGCAUGGGACUGACUUUUUGGUGGGAGAGCGAGUGGCCCAGGCAGAUUGUCGAUGCCUGGAUGGGUAAGGAGUUGCCCAAAGAUGUCGCCCGCCCCUGGCUCCUAAUCGAAAAGGACGGCAAGAGAUACGUCCCGAACAUGAUGAUGCACCCCAUGAAACACUACCAUUAAUGACGGAAAGUGGAGGAACGACGACACCAAACUAUACAAAAAACGAUAUUAGGGCGGCCUGUUUUAGAAAUGGCCGUUGAAAACUUAAUGAAACGACGAAAUUCCACACGACUUGAGCAUUGGGAUCGCAUACAUGCAUGGGCAAAAACUAUCGAAACACCUCGUCGGAAACGUGUCUCGCAAACAGCCCUGGGGCCAUGCUUGGGCUGAAUUCAAUAUACCUCACACAAGCUUCGCCUUUGCGCAAAUGGUCACAUUGCCCCAUAUCUUGCGUGAUGAUGUCGCAAUGUGAGCAGAGCGAAGCAGGACAUCAUCGAUUGUAUACUUGCAUGCAUGCAGAUGACAGCAUCCAUGCGUCAAGCAAUCGUGGGCAAUAAGGACCCAAUGCAGGCGCCGCAUUUACAUUACAUCUCUCGGGUUGUCCACUGUCCUACCUCGGAAAAACCGCAAUCUAUUCUAUUCUCCUAUAAAUACUUUUUAUUUUCGUUUUCGUUUUCCUAUCACAGUAAUGUAUAACUAUUUCUGCUUAUGAUAGACGGACGGGCGGGCGGAGGGAAGGCUAGGUGGGAGGAGGUUGGUGAUGAUGGAUGGUGCUGGAUGGUGUUGGAUGGUGAUGGGUGGUGAUGAUUACGCAUACCUAGGCCUCGCGGUUUGAGCAAUAGGGGAGAACCUGUCACUUGGACAGGGGUGCUGAAAAGAAGAGAGAGAAGGGAAGAACUGGGUUGGCAAAGGGGAGACGGGCAAGCAAAAGCAGAUGAGCAAGUAAGCGAGCACGCAAACAAGCAAGCGAAAAAAUGCAGAUGAGAGAAGAAGAAGAAGACGAGGAAGAAAUAUGAUGGAAGAAAUAAAGUUCAAUACCCACAUGUGACAUCUGGUUCGCGAC